ACAAUUCGCCCACCACACUGUGUUACACAGGAAAAGCGUCCGUCCCUUAUUUCCGCCGGGUUGCUCGCACGCUGCAGUUCCUAGCCGUCACCAGCCAUCUAAUCUCAUCUCGUAGCGGAGUCCAGAUGAAGGUGAGGGUGGCGUGGCGCCGUCCUCUGUUUACCUGAGACACCUGUACCCCCGUGUUGUUAGCACACACACACACCUCCGCCCUCCGGCCCACAGAGGACGAAAACACGACUGCUACAAGGAUGAAGGGGCUCCCGGUGCUGUCCCUGCUUCUCUGGAUGUGUGCGGUGUACUUCGUGGGCAUCUACCUGUUCGUGGGUGGGUUCCUGCUGGUGAGGCUGGAGGUGAACAGGACCAGCACCUGCGGAGACGUGCUGCAGCCCGGAGAGGAGCCAGUGGACUUCUGCCGCGUCCAGCCGCGUUUCCGCAGGGCUGUCCUCCUCAUCAUCGACGCCCUCAAGAUCGACUUCGCCUGGUUCGACCCCAACAACACGGCGCCACGACCCUACGAGAACAAGCUGCCCGUGCUGGAGGAGACGGUGUCAUCCAGGCCUUCUCACAGCCGCCUGUACCCUUUCCGUGCCGACCCGCCUACCACCACCAUGCAGAGGAUCAAGGGCUUCACCACUGGGUCCCUGCCUACCUUUGUGGAUGUGGGGAACAACUUUGCGUCCAGUGCCAUCUUGGAGGACAACCUCAUCCACCAGUUUGGGCAAGUGGGCAAAAGAGUUGUCUUCAUGGGCGAUGACACUUGGGAGAAUCUUUUCCCCAAGAAGUUCCACCGCUCUCUGCCCUUCCCGUCCUUCAACGUCAAGGACCUGCACACCGUGGACAACGGCAUCCUCCAGCACCUCUACACAACUAUGGUGGGGGAUGACUGGGAUGUCCUGGUCGCUCAUUUCCUCGGCGUGGAUCACUGCGGCCACAGGUUUGGGCCCGACCACCCGGCCAUGGCCGACAAGCUCACCCAGAUGGAUGGAGUCAUCAGGUCAGUGAUCGACCGUCUGCAGAAUGACACCCUGUUGGUUGUGAUGGGAGACCACGGAAUGACUGACACUGGAGAUCACGGUGGAGAAAGUCAGAAGGAGACAGACGCUGCCAUCUUCCUCUACAGUCCCUCCCCUCUGUUUCCCGGACCACCGUCCCAGAGUGAACCGGACGUGGUGCCCCAGACCGACCUGGUGCCCACCCUGGCUCUGCUGCUGGGAGUCCCCAUCCCGUACAGCAGCGUGGGGCAGGUCCUCCUGCCUGUAUUCCCUCCUCACGGUCAGACUGAAGGUGCAGUUGGACGUCUCAGCCAGCUGGAGGCGCUGUGGAUUAAUGCAAAACAGGUCAACCGUUUCCUGGAGACGUACUCUGGCAUGGCCAAAGACAUCCCACCAGAGAGCCUUGCACAGCUGAAGCAUGAGUUCUCCCGCCUCUCCUCUGAGUACCUCACCACGGUCAGAGAGGGGCGGUCACCCUCCCCACAGCUGGCCGCCUCGCUGCAGGCCUACCUCACCUCUGUCAGAGACACCUGCCGGGCCACCUGGGCUCGGUUCAACCCACUGAAGAUGGCAGCAGGUUUAGCCAUUCUGGCGUUUGCUUGCCUGACAUGUUUCAUCCUGUCCGAGCUGUCACUUAUGCUGAUCAGGGAGAACGGACCCGGACUGAAGGCCCCGGUUGUCGUGGCGCUGAUCGCGGGGGUUUGUGUGGCUGCUGGUCAGCUGCUCACGCAGGGCUACGUGGAGGUAGCGUGGUGUCUUGCAGCCGGCGCCCUCAGCUCUGAACUGCUCUUUCUCUGGAGAGCUCGAAGAUCCAGAGCCAUCACUGUGGAAAAGAACGGAUCGAAAGCGUCAAAGUGCGCAAGCUGGCUGACCCCACGCCGCAUCCUCAUCCCCCCUCUGUUGGUGCCGCUGCUCCGCUGCGCCUCCCUGCUCUCAGACAGCUACGUGAUCGCUGAAGGUCGGGCGGUGACCUUUCUGGUGUUCUCUCUGGCUCUUUACAUUCCCAUCCAUCUCAACUGGGAGGGCCUGCUCCAGCCCCCCAGCCACGACCCUCUGAAGGCUGCAGGGAUCCUGCCCUCCCCAGCCGUGUCCCCGUCAACUGUGAGGAAAGAAAGCAGCACCCUCCUGGCCUGCUUAGGACUCCUCGUUGGCAGCCUCUACCUCUCCCUCUCCUUCCACGCAUGUCGGGAGGAACAGGGCUCCUGCCAGCCGUCUCCGUUUCUCUCUCCUCUGUCCCGCUUGCAGGACAGCCAGCUGAAAAACCUCCACUACGUCCUCUCCGUCUUCUCCCUGGGCUUGUGGACGUAUCUGCUGAGGCGCUGCCUCCGCCAUUAUGGUAACCUCAACUCCUCCGGCGGGACGGUGUUCACGGCCCGCUGGAUCCUGCCGCUGCUGUCUGUGUGCCUGGCGCUGCACUGGGCUGUUAGUGCCACUCCAGAGGACAGCUUCAGGAAUCUGGCCGAGCUGAUCAGCCUGGCCCAGCUGGCCCUCCCCAGGGCGGCCUUCUGUCUCCUGGGAGUGGGGCUGUUCCUGAUCUGGCUCGACCCCCUCACUGUGUUUGUGAAGACCAGGGCCGCAGCUUCAACCAGAGGUCCAUCCCUACCCCCGCCCCGCUACCGAGCGAGCACCGGCAUCAGCCCCCAAGCCGAGCUGCACCACCUCAUCCCCCAGAUCUACCAACGCAUGCGCCGGUCCCUGGACGACGGAGAGCUGAGUGGAGGCAGCGAGGUGGACAGCAGGCCCGCUGUGGAGGCCUAUGGACUGGGAACCGUCUACUCUGCCCCUUUGCUGCUGUUCUGCGGCCUGCUGGGAAUCGGUCUGCUGCUGCUGCACCCGGAGGGCAUGGCUGUGUCUUUCCUCCUGCUGCUGCUCGAAAUGGGAGCUCUGUUGCACAUUCACGCUUCCUCCACUUCUCUCAGAGGCCUGCAAGGAACAUACUCUGGUGGCUUUAACGUGCCCUGGACUCCAGUAGUGCUCUGGUCCCUGGCUGCCACCCAGUUCUUUCAUGCCACAGGUCACCUUCCCACAUUCCCGUCCAUCCAAUGGGGCGCCGCCUUUGUGGGAUUCCCUGGUGGACACACAGGCACCGUACUGCCCGCCUCACUGGUUACCCUCAACACUUUUGCCUCACACAUCUUGUUCGCAGUGGGUUGUCCUCUGCUGCUGUUCUGGCCCCUGGUGCGCGAGGCACGUGGCAGCAGGGGAGGAAGAGCCUGCGGGGACGAGGGAGAGGACGCUGUGAUGGAGAUGAGACUGAGAGAGAACCCCCAGCAGUUCAGCGCCGCCCUCCUUCAACUCUCAACACGCUACCUCUUUAUUCUUGGAGCACAGGUCUUUGCUUCAGUCUGUGCAGCUGCUAUCCUCAGGAGACACCUAAUGGUGUGGAAGGUUUUUGCACCCAAGUUAAUGUUCGAGGCCUCAGGGUUCCUGAUGAGCAGCGUGUCUCUGCUGAUCGGGGUCACAUUAGUGCUGAGAGUAGACCUAGCAGUGAGCCGCUGGUUUAAGAGACUUAUCCCCGAUGCAUCCAGGUAGCAACGGCACUCCUGCUGUUUUACCACAGAAGGCCACCAGAGCUCACUGUGCCACAGAGAAAACGGACAUUGCGGUGUCACUGUAAAGUUUUUAUAUGGAAGUUUCGCACACACAAAAAAAAAACAUCGCCAUCUGUGUCUAUAGCAUGAGGAUCCCCACAAACAUGUCAUGUGAGGCUGCCACUUCCUGUUAACCUCGUGAGGGCUAUGUUGCGCAUUGCAGGUCCGGGGGGGGGGGGCUUUUACAUCAAAUCUCGGACUGAGCAUGAGUCAUGUCGAAGGUGGUUUUUUUACAGAGAUAAUAAGAUAAUCUUGCACUUCACUCAGCUCCUGAAGUUGAAGGCUUUUGGGGUUUCGAGUUUUAUGUGGUAAAAGAAGGAACAACAGUUUCUGAAUGUCUCUCCUGUUUUCUAACAGUAUGGAUGAAUCCGAGCUCUCCAAAACCAGACAGUCUUGUGAAUGGUUCAUAUUUCCAGCAGUCAAAAAGCUUCACUAAACACAUACAGUAAACAGUUUACACUUGCUGUAUGCCUGUCGCAGCUGGCUAGCAACAGCAUUUAAACGAAAUAGGCCUUCUUUCCCCUCAUGUCGUAACAGAGGAUUACAUACGUGUACGUGCAAGUUUAAUGUUACGGGGAAAAAAGGAAAUAAAAGAGCAGGUGAAUGUAAGUGUCUUACUGCAGGAGCUGAACCUGUGACUCUUCAGCUACAGAAGGAACACUUAAAGGAACACUUCACCCCCUCACAUGACCAUUUGUGUAUCAAUUAGUCACCCCGUGUUGCGUUGAAUUCGUGAAGAUGCCUCAGGUGAACAAAGAAUCCAAAACACUGAGAAAAUUCUUAAUGAAUUAAAGUCAUAGCUGACCGCAUUUACAAAAGCAAAACUAUAUCGAUCCAAUCAAAAUCUUAUUUAUCCAGUCAUAUACUUAGUUCUUCCCAAAUAGACGGUACUUUCUAAGAUGGAACUGAACUGAAAGUGAAACUUAGCUGUCUUCAAAGCCAGACUCUAUUGACAAAAACAAUAAUUUUACCUUGCUGAACACAGGAGGUGCAGUGGUUAGCUUUGUUGCCUCACAGCAAGAGGGUUCCUAGCUUGAACCCUGAGACUGGGGAGCCCUUCUGUGCGGAGUUUGCAUGUUCUCCCCGUGUCAGCGUGGGUUUUCUCCAGGUACUCCAGCUUCCUCCAACAGUCCAAAGACAUGCAGGUUAACUGGUGACUCUAAAAUGGCCGUAUGUGUGAAUGGUUGUCUGUCCCUGUGUAUCGGCUCUGCGAUAGUCUGGCAAUGAAUUUUGGUGAAUUGAUUUAACCCUUUCAAACACCUAAAGUCACACAAUAACACAAACUAACUGAUCGGGGCAGCAGCUCCUGUGUUCAGAGAGGUAAAAUUACAUUUUUGUCAAUGGAGUCUGGCUUUGAAGAGAACAUAUAUAAGUUUCACUGUUCAUCCUGUUGGAGAGAGCUGUCUUUCUGGGACGUACCAAGCAUAUGACUUGAUAAACAAGACUUGGAUUAUACUGCACAAGUUGUGUGAGAGCCUGUAAAGGGAUAUUCUGACAGUUUUGCCGUUGCUAAACACCGUCGUCUAACUUCAGUUAAUCAAGAACCUUUUCUGUUUUUGGAUUCUUCGUUCAUCAUGGAGGAAUAUGAGAGUUUUCUUUACAAGUUCAACAUAACAGGGUGAGCUACUGAUAGACAAAUGGUCACCUGGGGGGUGGCGUAUUCCUUUAACCACCAAAGUCAAUCUGGUAACCAACGUCUGGAACUACUUUAAAUUUGCAAACAGUUUGGUGAAAUCCAUCCAAGUGCAUUUACACCAUGUCUGUCAUCCAAGUGUCUGCUGGAGGAACUUUUCCAUUGUUUUGUAUGUUUUGUACUUUCAAGAUGUUGAACUAACCGGCGCGCCUGGUUACUGCCAAUUCACAUAGUAUUACUGUGCAGUUAGUUUUUUUUUACACAGUUUUGGGUUCUUAAUCUGUCGCGGUCUUUUAUUAUUUUUCUUUUUAUAGGGUUCAGAUUUCUAACUCUAACACCUGUUUGUAAUCCAGAUUUUUUUAAUCACUGAUUUUUUUUAAUUUCAAAUUGAAUUUUCUGUCUUAAUUAGGCCUCUUACAUCUUUCCCCCUGGAAUAGGUGCCUAGCUUUGACCAAUGCCUUUUUUUAUUUGUGUAUGAUGUCAUUAUGUUGACAGGGUCAUUAAAUCCAGGACCUCCAGAAACACUGUCAGUUAAUUUAUUUCUCUGCAGGCCGUCUGAGUCAGUGUCCGACGUAAGAUCUGUUACGAUUGUGCAGCUGUAGUCAGCAGCUAAAGCUCAUUAGCUAAUGCACAAUAUCGAAGUUGUUGACUCAGGAUGAAUUAGCUGCAAUGCAAUAGUACUGCAUUCCUCAGGCUGUUGUAUGGGAGUGAGCGGUCAUUUGGAGCGGCUGCCGUAGUGAUCAGCCCAAGUGAUGGUUUGGCGAGGUUGUGUGAUGACGGGGCACUUUUUUUUCUGUUCUAAAAUGUUUAAUAUAUAAAUAUCUGAUUAAUUAAGAUGAUU